AUGGGCCGCGGCGUCACGUGGGCCUACCUCUACUUCCUGCUGCUCGUAAAGAGCCUGCGGGUCCAUACGUACGCUCGAAUUCCUGCGAAUCGUGCUAUAAGCGAGUCGUUCAUACACUGCUUUGGGGCUCGCGGCGCUGAACCUCGGCAACGCGACCUUGAGCCGGGCUUCCGCACAGCGUCCGGGUGUGGAUACAGAUCGUUCCGCUCGAACGCGAGCAACAAGGGUGGUGCUAAGGGGUCGAAGAAGACUGUAAUAAGCGGCACUGCGGCGGAAAGACAGGCGCUUAUAGACCGGUCACUCGAGCUUGGGAUAUCGCAAGACGACAUCGACGACUACCUCAAGCAAUACAAAGUCGUAAAGAGCAAGCGCCCGGCCGCCGCAGCUACCGCCAGCAAACCGGAAGUCGCCCCUGCAUCACCGGUUACCGCUGAUAAGGAGACUGCGAAACCCCCCGGGUCGCCGGCAGAGCAGCCCAAGAAGCGUAAGCUGCCGAAGCGGUUGCUCGAGAAAAGCGAGUACCUGCCCGAACGCGGUGUGGAGUACCCGCUCUACGACGCCAUCGACCGCAUCAAGCUGAUAAGCGGCGUCCGUUUCGUGGAAGGAAUUGACGUGGCGCUGCACGUCCCGCUGAGCCGCAAAAAGAUACGUGCCACGGCGGCGCAUUACGCCCGCCUCAUCACGAUACCGCACCAGUCGCUGAAGUCAAAGCGGUGCCGCAUCGGCGUGUUCGCCAAGCCGGCCGUCUGUGACCAGGUGCGUGCGCUGAACGCGACCAAGGUGCUCUUUGUCGGUGGAGCGGACCUCAUCGAGCAAUUCAAGGCUCAGGACCAGUACCCCGAUGUGGAUUUCGUCCUAUCGGACCUCGAGACUUUUCACAAACUUGCGACGAUAGGUAGGCAGCUCGGAAGACGGGGGUUGAUGCCUUCCUUGACCGUCGGCACUUGCAUACAGCACACUGCCGACCUAUUGGAUACGGUGGAGAAGGUGGAGCACCGCAACACGUUCAUACUUCGCGCUGACCGUGUGGGCGACAUCAAGUGCAAUUUCGCCGACGUUACUAUGCCCCGCGAGGAGAUCCGGGAGAACCUUCUGGAGAUCGUGAAGUACCUGCGCCAAAACAAGCCCGAAUUCGCAGGCGCGCAGCUACUAUCCGCAGCGUAUGUUUCCUCUAGCAUGGGACCCUCGUUCCGCAUAUUUUUGAAGGAUCUCGGUUGCCGUGGUCACAUGGGUGACGACUCGGCCGAUUCGAUUCCGCUGGCCCAGCGCAUGGGCAUCGAUCGCAUCUCUAUCGAUUACGCGGCGACGCUGGUGCCGUGGAUGACGCGCGGCCGAUACGAGAAACGUAUCCGCGUGCCGCGGCACCGGGACACGCCGCUGGAGUUCAACUCCGUGCGGCCGGCGUUCUGCUACUCCAGCUUCUCCAACCACUACAACGGGGUAUGCAGCAACCUCGCGCACGCCUCAUUUAACCGCAACAAAUUUCCGAUCGUAAGUUUGAAGUGGUUCCCCAAUGGCAAGACGCUGCUGGCCGGUAGCCAGGGCGGAAAGCUUAUCAUGUGGAACGGUCUGACCUUCCAAUUCGACGACAUCAAGCGCUAUCCAGUCAGCGGAGGAAGCGUCACUGCGAUUGAGUGGUCCCCCGACGGCGACUUUCUCAUAUCGGGGGACGAGUACGGCAAGCUGGCGCUACUCUCCCCCGCCCUCAGUCUGCUCGACAACACGCUUUUCGAGGGUCUGGGCAAACCCGUGCUGGACGUAUCCAUGUCCCACAACGGAGCUAAGGUGGGCGCGUGCGCAGACACGUAUUCCCCGCACAUCUGGGACGUCCAGCGCCGUCACCUGGAGGGCGUGCUAAGCGGCGACCACGUGGACUCCACCAGCGUCUCAUGCAUGCAGUGGCACCCCUCGAAAUCUCUCAUCGCAACUGGCAGCAAGAUCAAUGUGGUUUCGCUCUGGGAUCCCGCCACCAGGACCCAGAUCUCCACCAUACACGCCCACAAGGCGCCCAUAUGCAAGAUAUCGUGGAACCCGGAUGGGUACGCGUUCUUGACGGCAGCGGUCGACGGGCUCGUGAAGCUCUGGGACCUGCGGAUGAUGAAGCAGCUAAUGGUCUACAAGAUUGCCUCGCCGCCGGCGCCUUCCGCAAACGUCAACGCUGCCGGCCAGCCGAUGCCGCCGCCCAUGAAGAUGCUCACGAUACCCACCACGAUCGGAUGGAACCCGGUGCAGCGCAACGUCUUCGCCGUCUGCGACAACAAGUCGCGCCUCUUCUUCUUCUCCAGCGACUUCUCAGAGCCGCUCGCGGAGAUUAACGUGAAUGUGACGGACGACCGCGACACGGCCACGCUGGCCAUGGACUGGCACCCCAUGGGGCACCUGCUCGCCACGUGCUCCGACGACCGCGUCGUCAGGUUCUGGAGCCGCAGCAACCCCGGCGGCAUGAACCAGCAGAAGGAGAACGUGAAGACGUUCGGCGACUCGGAGUUCGUGAGGUCAUUCCCCCUCUCGCGGUACAAAUUCAAACGCAAGCUGGACAUAUCCACGCUGCCAUGCGUGACCCGCGACCACCGCUGA